UAUCGCUAUGGUGCUACGAUGGUGCCCUUUACAAAGGAAGAUAAGGAUAAGCUAAAAUUGGAGGCCACAAAGUGCUUAUCUAUAAUUGGAUUUACGAAAGCACAAAAUAUUACACCCAAUAUCUAUGUCGGCAGUACGGUAAUGCGGUUCGUUGCUGACUCUCCAAGCAUUGAUGAAAAUUCCCAAGAUUGUAAAGGUGAUUCUUCAACAACUGCUGUCGCGGCAUUAUCUCAAGCCCUAAUUGAAAUGGAUUCCGUGGCGUUGGUAAGGAAGGUCUAUUCGCGAGUUUCUCAUCCUACUCUUGGGGUCCUUAUACCCACAUUCGAUAAACAUGGCGCUGGACUAAUCUAUCAUGACUUGGCAUUCCGUGAAGAUAUUCGAACAUUUACAUUCCCAAGUCUCCCUUUAUUCGAGUCCUAUAAAGAGGAAGAAGUUGACAUUAAAGUUGAUUUGAAACAAUCAUCCUCAAAGAUGGAAUCCAGGUGGAGACCUAAUGAAGAACAGGCUGAAGCUAUGGACUCUUUCGUUGAUGCUAUGAUGCUUUCAGAGAACCUGGAUGAUUCAGGAAUAGGGUAA